AUGUUGCUCGCCAAGGAAUGGAACCAUCUGUGAAAACAUCGCCCCUGUCACAGUAGCUAGCGACCCAUCUCGAGUCCUCGACCUGGGCCGGUCUCCGGUGUGCGGUGCUGUUCAUGUGCCACACCGCGGUGGCGGACCCAGGGGAGCAGCACGGGCGGCGCCUCGCCGCCGCCGACGACGGAGGAGCAGACCAGCAGCCGCCGGAGUCCAUGACGACAUUGUCUUCGCCGUCGCUGUCGCGGAGCAGGGAGGCGCAGGAGAUGUCGGCGAUGGUUUCGGCGCUGGCGAGGGUGGUCGCCGGCUCCGCGCCGCCGGAGUCCGUGACGACAUUGUCUUCGCCGGCGCUGUCGCGGAGCGGGCAGGCGCAGGAGAUGUCGGAGAUGGUUUCGGCGCUGGCUAGCGUGGUCGCCGGCUCCACGCCGCCGGCGAAGAGGCCCGCCGAGGAUGAGGCGUGGUGGCCGUACGAGCUGGAGCUCGACGCCGCGCCGCCCUCUGCCUUCGGGCCGGACGUGGACGUUGCAACGCAGCCGCCGGAGCAGUACUGGCCCGCGGCGGCGACAGGGGCGUCAUCCUCGUCGCAGCAUCCUGCCGCAGCUAACGAGGAGCUCCCCUCGCCAUCAUCAGCCGGCUCCGGCGCCGGGGAGAGCAGCAGCGGCGCGCCGCGCAAGCGGUACCGUGGCGUGCGGCAGCGGCCGUGGGGGAAGUGGGCGGCGGAGAUCCGGGACCCGCACAAGGCGGCGCGUGUUUGGCUCGGCACCUUUGACACCGCCGAGGCCGCCGCGCGGGCAUACGACAGCGCCGCGCUCCGCUUCCGUGGUAGCCGUGCCAAGCUCAACUUUCCCGAGUUCGCCAUCCUCCCAUCCCCGCCGACGCCACCGUCACGGUCGGGGGCGCUGUUGGAGUCGCAGACGCUCCUCGGCGGGAAGUCCUACUCGGAGUAUGCAAGGUUCUUGAAGAACAUUGUUGAUACCGGUGGCUCGUCAGGGACGUCACGGCCAAGGGCGUCGCAUUCUCCUGCAGCGUACAACUUCAGAGGAGAGGGUGAGGCCAUGAGCAACCUCUUGCCGUGGGAGAGCAGCUCCGAAGCAGGCGGCGGGGUAGGAGACAGCAGUCGCGCCAAGCUCAACUUCCUCGAGUCUGCCAUCCUCCCAUCCCCGCCGCCGCCACCGUCGCGGUCGGAGGCGCUCCCCGGCGGGGAGUCCUACUCGGAGUAUGCAAGGUUCUUGAAGAUCGUCGGCGAUACCGGUGGCUCGUCAGGGACGCCACAGCCAAGGGCGUCGCCUUCUCCUGCAGCGUACAACUUCAGAGGAGAGGGUGAGGCCAUGAGCAACCUCUUGCCGUGGGAGAGCAGCUCCGAAGUAGGCGGCGGGGUAGGAGACAGCAGUCGCGCCAAGCUCAACUUCCCCGAGUCCGCCAUCCUCCCAUCCCCGCCGCCGCCACCGUCACGGUCGGAGGCGCUGCCGGAGUCGGAGGCGCUGCCGGAGUCGCAGGCGCUCCCUGGCGGGGAGUCCUACUCGGAGUAUGCAAGGUUCUUGAAGAACGUCGACGAUACCGGUGGCUCGUCAGGGAUGCCAUGACCAAGGGCGUUGCCUUCUCCUGCAGCGUACAACUUCGGAGGAGAGGGUGAGACCAUGAGCAACCUCUUGCCGCCGGAGAGCAGCUCCGAAGCAGGCGGCGGGGUAGGCGGCCACCUGACGGCUUCGGCAUCUCAAGCGGCGUGGGCGAACUACUAUGGCUCGUACCUGUCGUGGAGAUGGGACCAAUCAGGCUGACCGACGUCAACGGAGGAGCCCUCACUGUCACUGACAGGUUGCCCUGCGUUCAAGGGCUGGUCGGGGGCAGAUGCUUACGUGGUAAGGUUUGGUCAGCCGCUGUUAACGCCACAUGGUCGCGGUCAACCGGUUCAAACUGAUGUGAACAAUGCCUGGUGAUCAAUUAGAGUAGACACUUAUUAUUAGGUGUGUAAAAUGGAUAGCAGAUUUUUGUAAAAUAUGGAUAUGUAUUAUCGAUUUUUGUAUUUGGUUAAAUGUAAAUGUGGUAAAAAAAUCUAUAUUCGAUUGACA